UGGAGCAUUUACGCAAUUUCCAGUUGAAAGCCUUUUUGGACUGGUUCUUUGAAGUAUAACACUAUUUUGAUUUCGAUUUUGAAGUAUAUCAUGGUUGUUUAGACUUUAUCGUUGACGAGAGAAUUGCUGUCUAAACUGAUUGUAUCACAUCUUUCAUUUCUUCUUAGUUACUUCUGCUUUGAUCAGCUGAUUAGCUGCUUCUACUUUGGAUCAAGCUGGAGCUGGCUUCGAUAAACACAAAACAGAGGGAGAGAAAAAAAAAAACAACAGAUUUGAGCUCUAGUUCUGCUCUGAUCAGCUUAUCGCAAAUAUGGCUUACGCUGCUGUAACAUCGCUUAUGGGAACACUCCAUCUACAUUUCUUGCAAUCACAACCGCGCUUGCCUCUUCCAGACAAACAACAAAUUGUUUCUUCUCUCCAUGAAAUUCUUGCUUUCCUGCAAGAAAGUCUUGAGAAAUCUGAGAUCGGUGAUGAUAAUUUGGCGAUGAAAGAUUUAGAGGCAGAGAUGAGAGAUGUAGCGUUCAAAGCAGAAGAAAGGAUUGAGAUGGAGUUGAGUAGCAUAUAUCUUCAAUCAAGCAGUACAGAGGCUUGCCUCCUCAGGCUUGAUGGAAUCUUGAAGCAAGCAGUAAAACAGACUGAUUACCUGAAGAAGAAGUUGAUUAAGAUUAAAAGUAAACAGCAGUUUGCAAAGGGUCCAUCAAUCCUUGGUCGGAUGCGACAAAGAGGACUACUCCUUGGUUCAACAUCAUCGCAGCCUGCUGAUCCACAGCCCCAGAAUAAUAUUACUAUCAGUAAAUUUUCCAAAAGCGCUUCAAAGUUUGACAGUAGAAUGGUUGGAUGCGACAAGGAAUUCAAGACGAUAUUGAAUAAGCUCACACAGCAAUCAGCUGAGAAGCUCCAAGUUAUAUCUAUCGUUGGCAUGGGAGGAAUAGGCAAGACCACUUUAGCUAAGAAAGUAUACAAAGAUCCAUCAAUUACUUCUCAUUUUUACAAGCAAGCAUGGGUUACUGUAACUCAAGUGUAUAACGUGGAACAAAUGCUCCAAUGCCUUAUAGGUUGUGUUAAUGCAGCAUCAAGAGAUGAACUCCAUGAACAGAGACAAAGAAAUGCCAAAGAAAAUAUGCGUAGACUGUUGAUGGGUAACAGAUAUUUGAUAGUGAUGGAUGAUAUAUGGAGCACUACUGCUUGGGAUAGCGUGCAAGGAUGCUUUCCAGACGAUAAUAAUGGAAGUCGUAUACUAUUGACUUCUCGGCUUAGGGAAGUGGCUGAAUAUGCAAGUUCAGGUAACUCUAUUAUUAACAUGCAUUUCUUAGAUGCAAAUAAAAGUUGGAAUCUCUUCUGCAAUGUGUUUGGUCAAACAAAAUUUCUUUCCGUGUUUGAGCAAAUUGGUAGAAACAUAGUAAAGAAAUGUAAUGGAUUACCUCUAGCUAUUAUUGUAAUAGCUAGUCUUCUAUCCAAGACAGAGGAGACAGUGGAGAAGUGGAAUAAUGUUGCAGAAAAUGUGAGUAGAUAUGUAACUAGUGAUUCUAAUGAUGCAUGUUCCAGAAUACUAUAUUUGAGUUACAACCAAUUACCACACCACUUAAAAGCUUGUUUUCUAUAUUUUGGAGUUUUCCCCGAAGACUACGAGAUCCAUGUGAAGAAGUUGGUUAGGUUGUGGGAUGCAGAGGGAUUUUUGAGGGCAGUGGACCAUCGAAAUAUGGAGGAAGUGGCCAUGGAAUGCUUGCAAGAUCUUAUUGAUAGAAGUCUUGUUCUAAUUGGUAAACAAAGUUACAAUGGCAAAAUCAAGACAAUUAGGAUGCAUGAUCUCUUGCGAGACUUGUGCUUAAGAGAAGCUCGAUAUGAAAAUCUCUUGAAUGUCAUUGGAAAUGAUUAUCAUGGUGCUGUUGCUGGACUAGUAAAAGCUUGUCCUUGGAUAAGUAUGAAACCUGGAUGUUCCAGUAUUCAAAUUACAUCUAUGUGCUUUGACAAAUUACAUUCCUUACACUCUGUUGAUUAUGUUGAUUUAAGCAAGAAGCUGCUUUGUCAGUUUAAACUAUUAAGAGUAGUAGACGUGAAAAUUGCAAAUCGGAACUUCAAAGAUAUGAUGGUGUAUAUGGCAAAUCUUGUUCACUUGAGAUACUUAGCUUUGUAUCGCACUUUAAGUCCUGUUGAACUAAAGCUCUUUGAGCAUUGGAAUAUGCAAAGUUUAAUUGUCCGUGCAUCUACUGUUAGAUUGUGUUCCCGUGAGGCAUCUCGAAUUUGGAAAAUGCCAUUGUUAAGGAAUUUUUAUGUGGGCGCUUCGCGCACCCUUGGCGCUUUACCUUUGCUCUCCUCUUCUUUUACAUUAGAGGCUUCGGAGGUUGUUCAUAGAAACAUAGAGACUAUAUCUUGGUUGCGUCCGAAGUGUUGUACAGAGGAUCUUUUUACAAGGAUUCCAAAUUUAAAAAAAUUGGGAAUUCACGGUGAGAAUUUUGAACUUGAAAAUUCAGAUGGUUUCCAUAAUUUUGUGCACUUGGGGCAACUUGAGAAACUAAGCAUCAAAAAGUGGAAUUUCAAACUUCCGUAUAGCGGCAUCCCAUGGGCAACUAGUUUUCUACAAAAUCUUAAGAAGCUCAAAUUGCACUGGACUGGGUUGGAAUGGAGUGAAAUAAGGCUUAUUGGUAUGUUGCCGAAUCUAGAAAUUCUAAAAUUGAUAGAGGCUUGUAAAGGCAGAGAGUGGGAGCCAUGUGAGGGAGGGUUUCGUCAAUUGAAAAGGUUGGUAAUUGAAGACGGAUGUCUGGAAGAUUGGAAUGCUGUGGGUGAUCAUUUCCCUGUGCUUGAACAUUUAGAGUUAAGUGAUUGCAUUUCGUUGCGAGAGAUCCCUAUUGAGUUAGCCGAUAUCACCACACUUGCAUUGAUUCAAUUAACCCAAUGUUUGCCUUCUGCUUUGGCUUCUGCAAAGCGUAUUCAAGAUGAGCAGCAAAGCUAUGGAAAUGAAGCCCUCCUUGUUCGUUCUAUAGCCAUGUAUCCUGAUAGUUUCCAGUAUAGAACAUCUCGAGGGAAUCGAAGGAUGCGAUUGAUGAGGGAGAAGGUAGAGAGUGACGAAUGAAUAAGACAACUACAAAUAAAGAUUGAGAGGCGAUGUGAUGAAAAGUUAGGAGGCACAAAGCUAAGCAGAAAUGAUGAUGAUGGAUGUUGGCGUAGCAUAGCAGGGCCGGCUGUAAUAUAUGAAUCUGCCAUUUGGCCAGUCCCCUACCACUUAGUGUGCUGACCGUUGGGACGGAGACGGAGGAUUAGUUUUCUAGUUGCCGGCUGGAGGGCUACCUUUGGGGAAAACCCAAAAAUAUAUGAAUCUGCCUGCCAGUGGUUUUUGUACUGCAUGUAUUUGUUGUACGUUUGUUGCUGUGGUUUUUGUUGGAUUAUUAGCAAUUGGAUUUACUCUAUGUGUGAUACCAUGUACCAUUAUGGUGAGCUGAAAUGGUUUCUGCUUCUCGGAACUGAUUUUUUUUUUCUCUCUUUAAACUAUAAAUCAAAUGAAGUUGUAUUGUUUGGCCA